AUGGCAAACACUCCAGAACUGCAGCUUAAUGUAAGAGAUGAGGAAGAUGACAAGCAUAUCACAAAUUCAGACUCAUCAGCUGGAUCAAGAAAAUUGAACUACAAAGGGUGGAUUAGAAGAGGCAUGUAUAUGAUCUUCUUCAUUGCAGGGCAAGCAACAGGAACUAUGUUAGGAAGAUUGUAUUAUGCUCAGGGCGGACAGAGCAAAUGGUUGUCAGCUUUGCUUCUAGCUGUAGGCUUUCCUGUUCUUCUUCCAUUCUACUUCAUUUCUUCAUCACCAAACCCCACCACCAUUAAUGUUGGAAACCAGACAAAACCAUCUUCUACCUUAGCCUUAGCAAUGGUUUAUUUAACCCUUGGUUUGCUCACAGCAGCAGGGUGCUUCUUGACUGCGUAUGGACUUUCUUACCUCCCGGUUUCUACACUUAUAAUCGUCAUGUCGUCGCAACUGGCUUUCACUUCUUUGUUCUCCAACUUUCUCAAUUCCCAAAAGUUCAAUGCUUUCAUUAUCAAUUCGGUAGUGCUUCUCACCAUCUCCUCCACUCUCAUUGCCUUUCAACCCGGAUCUUCGAAGCUCACUGGAGUUUCAAAAGCGAAGCAAGCGAUAGGAUUCAUUUGCACUUUAGGUGCUUCGGUUUGUGCAUCGAUUUUGCUUACCCUAACACAGUUCUUCUUCAAGAGAGUUAUAAGGAAGCAAACUUUCAACACCAUGCUCAACUUGAUAAUCGUCGAGUCAUUGGUAGUGAGUUGUUUGAUACUGAUUAGUUUCCUUAUUAGCAAUGAAUGGAAGAGCUUGAGCAAAGAAAUGGAGGAGUUUGGAUUGGGAAAGGUUUCCUAUGUAAUGACUGUUGUAUGGAUGGCCGCUACUUACCAGCUUGCGCAAAUUGGUGCAGUGGGACUUAUAUUUGAAGUGUCUUCUCUGUGUUGCAAUGUAAUGGGUUUUUCGAGUCUUCCUGCUAUUCAAGUUCUAGCUGUGAUUGUUUUCCAUGACAAAAUGGAUGGUGUAAAAGUGAUGGCAAUGAUUUUGGCCAUCUGGGGCUUUGUUUCUUAUACCUAUCAGCUCUAUCUUAAUGACAUUAAGUGUGAGAUCCCAUAUUGGUUGGAAAUGAGAACGAAGCAUGCCUUAUAA